CCAGAGGCUGCCCUUCUUUCCCGUGAAUCGGGUGAUCUGAUACCACUCCUUGGACUCUUGUUUACGCGUCUUCGCAUUGCCGACAGACAGACGGUUUGCUCAUCUGCUGCUGUAUACGUCAAAAACCCUCUAAUUCGGAUCCUCGUCCAAGCCGUGGAGCAGGUCUCCAGACGGAAUGAUGCGGAGAAGCAAACCCAGAGUAGAUCAGAACAGGAUAUGCUUGAGCAAAAUGCAGAGAUGGAUAAAGCGCAUAGGACGACAAGAAGGAAAAAGAAGCAACAGCAGAUGCAGACACUGAGAUCAGAAAAGGAAGGAUGGAAGAUGAGCACGGAGCAUCUUGAGACUCUCUUGUCGACUGAAGUCUGCUCAAGUUGUGGCCACUGUUACCAGGCAGAGCUCGAACUCCGCCAUCUACGACCAUUCUCCAGUUAUCAGGUUCACCUCUUCUCAAGCUUAGCUACUCGAUUUUUUCCAGCGACUUCUACACCUCAACGUGACGACCUUCACCGUGGUUUCGGUCACCCACUUACCUCAACGCUAUGGUUUCGUACUCCGGCAACCGGUCCAUCACGUCCAGUUCGUCUGCUCAUGGCUCAAGCGAUUGGACCGACUGCAAUUAAACUAACUUGGCAGGUAGGCGACUGGUGA